AUGAAGGCCAUUGUGGUGGCCGGCACGCACAGCGGCGUGGGCAAGACGAGCGUCGCCGUGGGGCUCAUGGCCGCCUUCCGCCGACGAGGUCUCCGCGUGCAGCCGUUCAAAGUCGGACCUGAUUUUCUGGACCCCAUGCACCAUCAGGCGGCUACAGGCCGAGACUCGUACAACCUGGAUGGGUGGAUGCUCAACAGGGAGGCCAACGUGGCAUGUUUCACACGUUUCGCAGCCUCAACUGACGUGGCAGUUGUGGAGGGCGUGAUGGGGCUAUUCGACGGUCGAGAUGGCAAGACAGAGGUCGGCAGCACAGCAGAGAUGGCCAAGAUCAUAGGGGCCCCUGUUGUCCUCGUUUUAGACUGUUGGUCUAUGUCUAGAAGCGCGGCAGCCAUGGUACAUGGUUACGCGUCCUUCGACCCGUCGUUGCGAUUCGCGGGGAUUAUUCUGAAUAAGGUCGCCAGCGCAGCGCAUGCCACGUGGCUGACUGAGGCGCUAGAAUCAGCACACGUCAGAGUUCCCGUCCUAGGUGGCAUCCCGAAAUCUGCUGACGUGGAGAUGCCAGAGCGCCACCUGGGAUUGCACCGGCCUGGGGUGGACGCGGACGGGGUGCCAGCUCAGCACGCCGAGCGGCUGGCGACACUGAUUGAAGCCCACGUGGACCUGGACAGGCUGUUGCAGCUGGCAGCUGACGUGGCAGGGGCGCCUACGAUGGGGCUUGGGGGAGGGGAGGGGAGUGUGUGUGGAGGGGAGGAUGUCGGAGAGGAGAGUGUGAUGGGCGGAGGAGGGAGUGUGAUGAGUGGGAUGGGAGGAGCAGGAGGGAUGGAGUGUGGUGGAUCGUUGGCCAAUGAGCUGCCUCCGUUGUCGAUGCCGCCUGGAAUGAAGCUUGCGCGCAUUGGGGUGGCGAGAGACGAAGCAUUUUGCUUCUACUACCAUGACAACCUGUCGCUGCUGAGAGAGGCCGGAGCAGAGAUUGUGUUCUUCUCUCCGCUCACCUACCCCCUUCCACACCGCCUCGACACUAUGUACUUUGGCCGCUCUAGCUGCUCUAGCAGCCAGAGAGGCGGGUAUCCCCAGCUGCACGUGGCUGCCGUGGCUGCUCUGGCUUCUCUGGCUGCUUGGCGUCCAUAUUUCCAAUCACCAUUGUGCCAUCUCCUUCCCCUCUGUUCACAUUAUUGCCUUUUGUUGCCCACCCUAUCAGAGGCGGGAGCAGAGAUUGUGUUCUUCUCCCCGCUCACUGACCCUCUGCCGCACCGUCUCGACGCCGUGUACUUUGGCGGGGGGUAUCCUGAGCUGCAUGCUGCUGCUCUGGCGGCCAACACCAAGUUGGUGUAUGCGCUCAGGGCGUUUGCUGCUGCUCUGGCCGCUCUGGCCUGGCUUGCAUAUUCCCGAUUCACCCUUGUGCCAUCUCCUGCCCCCCUGUUUUCAAUGCUGUUUCGUCCCACCCCACCAGAGGCGGGAGCAGAGAUUGUGUUUUUCUCCCCGCUCACUGACCCUCUGCCGCACCGUCUCGACGCCGUGUACUUUGGCGGGGGGUAUCCUGAGCUGCAUUCUGCUGCUCUGGCGGCCAACACCAAGCUGGUGUAUGCGCUCAGGGCGUUUGCUGCUGCUGGCGGGGUGGUGUACGGCGAGUGUGGUGGGCUCAUGUACCUGUCACGGAGCAUCGAGUUGUUCUGGGUUUGGAAGCUGGUGUAUGCGCUCAGGGCGUUUGCUGCUGCUGGCGGGGUUGUGUACGGCGAGUGUGGUGGGCUCAUGUACUUGUCAAGGAGCAUCAAGACGAAGGAGGGAGAGGUGCACGAGAUGUGUGGGUUGCUGCCCUUCCGCACUCGCAUGGUGUCUACACUCAAGCUAGCCUACUGCACGCCCAAUUGUGUGUUGUUCCCGGCCGAGCUGGGCGAGAUGAGGGGGCAGCUCUUCCACUUCAGCGAGGUCGUUUCCUUUACCCAUCCUAACCCCUCUCUUUCCUCCCUUGCCUUGCCCCACCCUCUCUUGGUCUUCCCUCUUUGUUACCAGGUGCGUCCCCAGCCCAACUGUGUGCUGUUCCCAGCGGAGUUGGGCGAGAUGAGGGGGCAGUUCUUCCACUUCAGCGAGGUGGUUCUGGAUGACGGCUCAUUCCAUGGCGACCAGCUGGAGUUCGGGUACCUUAUCGAGCAGCAAACUCCAGGUGCCACCUCCCGUCCAGAGGGCUACAUGGUGGGGGCAGUGCUAGCGUCCUACGUGCAUCUGCACUUCGCCUCCAACCCCUCCCUCGCCCACGCCUUCAUAGACGCGUGCCGAACCGACCCUACCAAAUCCGCAGCUGUCGCUGCUGCCUCUGCCUCAGCAGUGGCUGGAGCUGGGGCGGCAGCGGCGGCAGCAGCAGGGGCGGCAGCUGCGGCGGCGGUGGCAGAUGCGUUGAAUGAAGACGACAGGUUGUCGCAACGAUCGGUCUCGUAUAAUUUGUACGCGUCCCCGGUGCACCCGAGUGCUUAUUCAGGUGGUUUCUCAGGUGGCCCGUCAGGUAUUUCGCCUGAGCACGACGACCCCACCGAGGCUGACCUCCAGGCUCGGCGGAUGGGCGCUCGCGAGGCAGAGGAUCGGUCCUCACGUUCGGAAUCGUAUGUGAUUGGAGAGCGCGUGGGCGGCAGCGUCGUCCCAUAUGCCAUGUUUCCGGGUGGCAGCGCCAUUGGCAGCGCUGUGGCGAGAUCAUACGGCGGGCAAUCAAAUCAUGCAGGAUAUGGAUAUGGGGCGGGAACGGGCGGCGGAAGUGGGGGAAGAACGGGCGGCGGAGGAGGAGCGGGGGGGCGGGGAGGAGUUGACUGGGCUAGAUACGAGCUCUCACCACCCCUCCCUUACCAAUCCACAGGUUACAGCAGGGAGGGGAAUGGCAGUCAGGGGGUGGGAGGGCCCGGGUUUAUCCCCUCUCCCAUGCGGAGGUCUAUUUCUGAAUUGUGGGUGUCCGGGGGUGGGGGUGGUGGGCUGGAUGAGUUGAGUCUGGGCGGAGUGCAAGGGGCGACUGGGCAAGGGGGAAGAGGAGGAGGGGGAGGGGGAGGCGGAGGAGGGGGAGUAAGAGGAGGAGGAGGAGUGAGAGGAGGCGGAGGAGGGGGAGAGGUUGGAGGCGGUGCCUCUGCAACAGACGGUCGCAGCUAUGCGGAUUCGGGUUCUGCUUCGGAUUAUGAUGAGAUGAAUGCGAGUGACUUACGAAGCUCUUCUGAGUUUGAUGAGGGGCUGACGUCUAGUGGCCGGCUGUCGGAUUUUGUGGGGAGCAACAGCGGGAGGAGCGUGGAGCAAAUUUAUGAGUCGGGAGGAGGGGGUGGUGGAGGAGGGGUGAAGGGGCCUUCUAGUGGGAAAUUGGCGGAUUUUGUGAGUGCAGGGGUCGGGGUUUUGGGAGAAGGAGGAGGAGGAGGGGGUGGAGGUGGAGGAGGAGGGGGAGGAGGACGGGGAGGAGGAUCAGCUGCAGCUCUUACCGGGACUCACCCCAUUCCUCUUCCUACUUCUUCAGAUUCACCCCAGUUCAAAACUCCUCCCGAACCUGCCUCCAAGGCAGCAGCCGAAGCUGCGGCCGAAGCUGCAGAUCCCCACACUCACUUCUCCCCUUCUAAAGACUUCUCGUUUGGUACGAGAAGGAGGUUGGAUCUGGGUAAAGCUAACGAGGGGGGGAGAUUGGAAGAAGGGUUUGGGGGAGGGGAAAGCAGGGGAAUGAUAGGGGAUGAGGGGCCGCAGGGGGGGAUGCAGCAGAGAGAGCAGCAGCAGCGGCAGAGGCUGGGAGACGGACAGGGGGUGGAAACGGGUGCUGGUGUGACAGUAGAGAGUUACGGGGUGACUGCAGCAGGGUUGAGAAUGGCAGGCGGAAUGGGGGGUGUAUUUUCAGGUGGAAUGGCAGCAGAGGGACGGCAGCUGGGAGGAAAGAGCAGGAAGCCUCGUGUGGUAUCACUGUCACCUUCAGCAACUGAUAUCAUCGUGGCACUCAGAGCAGCGGACCAGCUGAUUGGCGUGUCGGAUCAGUGCCGCCCAUCCAGCUCCCUCCCACACCCAUGCCACGUGGUGCUUCGCUGCCCUGCUGCCAGCAAGCCGUCUUCAAAGCUCUCCCAGGUGCUAGAGUCGGUGGUCACUGUGGGGGCAGCUCUGGGUCUGCACCAGCCAGCUAGCUCCAUCCCGUUUAUAAGCCUCUCUGAUUUCCCGUACCGGCCUCUCCUCUCCUCCCCAUACCACCAGCUCGCCCAGGUGCUUGAAUCGGUGGUCACAGUGGGGGCGGCUCUGGGUCUGCAGCAGCCAGCCCAGGCCCUCUCCUCCCACCUCCACCUGCGCCUGCGCUCCCUUGCUGCUGCCCUCGCCACCGCUCCCCGCCCCCGGGUCACCUCCCUAGAAUCCAUCUCUCCUCUCGUUAUGGCUGGGCACUGGCUGCCCGAGAUGAAAGUUUUGGCCGGGGCAGAUGAUGGUGGGCUGCAGGAGCCGGGCAGCCCGGUGCGGAAAGUAUUGUGGGAGAGCAUUACGGCGUUUGGGCCUCAGGUGCUGUUUCUGACGCCGUGUGCUGCUGAUGUGACGACAGCUCUUGCUCAGACAGCUCUCGCUCAGGUGAGCAAGGAGGGAGCAGUGUUGUUGCUCGGCAAGGGGUGGGAUAGCGGUGGAGUAAGGCAUGAGUGUGGGUGGAAAGGGAGAGCUAUGGCGAUUGGGCCCCAGGUGCUGUUUCUGACGCCGUGUGCUGCUGUUGUGGAGACUCACUCGCUCACGUAA